CAAAAGGAGACCAUGUCAUGCUGACCACCAUGAAGUAGUAAGGCCGGAUUUAAGGUGCGUUGUGUGUGAGUAUGUGUGGUGUUCUGUUUCCCCCUCACCAUCUACUAAUAUUUCCAGGAAAUGAAUAAUUCAAGGAUUGCCUGGUAACAGGGAGAUACUCAAUAGCACCGCCUCUGGAUAAUUAAAAAAAAGCCUGGAGAUCAGGUGAAACAGUACCUCAAUCUUCCACUUUUUUUCCUCUGUCCUUUUCUUUUGAUGUAACUGUAACAGAAGACUUGAAAGAAAACACCCUGCUCUUUUUUUCUCUUUAAAGCUGUGUUCUUUUUCUCUCCAAUGCCUGUUUCCAGUCAGCAAUCCACAAGUAUCGGGCGCUCUCAGAGCUGGGACGCUGCUGGAUGGUAUGAGGGGAAUUGGGAAGGGGAAAACAGCUACCAGUACCACCCCAGGGCACCAAGACGGAGAAACUCUUUGACGUACGGGGGAGACGGUGGUGGAGGCUGGGACGAGCCGCACCCAGAGUUACGGUGGAACGAACUCCAUCUCAAGAGGGAACCCUAUUCCUACCACGACUCUUUGUACGACCAGGGCUACCCUGAGAGGCAUGAGCACCGGCCUGUGAGAAAGAGCUCAGUCCCGGAUCUGAAAAGCUACUACGAGAGGCAGGCAGACGCUGCCAUGACGGGAAGGGGCUCCUUGCCUCCUCAGGAUUACUACCACCACGACCCUGCAAUAGCAGCCCGGCCACCUGAAGAUCCUCGAGGCUGUUAUAAGGGGGAGCAGCAAAUGCUUAGCAGAUCAGCUGCGCAUUAUGGGAUAACCAGUGGAGGACGACCAACUUGGGAUCAAGGACAAUCCAGGCCUCCUCCCCCACCCCCAACGGCUCAGGAGAUGAGCCGAGUGUACAGGGAAUCUGCUGCCUCUAAGAUGAUAUCAGACGGGCAGCGCGUACGGAGCAGGGACCCUUCUCUUAGCAGGUACGGAGUAGAAACAGCAAUUCCUAGGUACGGGGCCGAACCACCCCCUAUGAGCGGCGGCUCUGUCUACAACGAUGUCAAUGGCCGUCCCUUGGACCCCCGGCAAGCCACAGCCACCUCCUUGGUGGUUGAUCCAGCCACCCAGGCUAUGGACGGCAACCCGGAGAACCAUCACCGUGGGCUUGGGAUGAGGCAGGAGGGUGCCAACUCUUACAGCUCAGCAACCGGGCAGAAAAUGGCCUACGAUGGUUACGAUGGCAGUGCCGCCACUAUUAACCCAAUGGGACUUGCUCAACAUCCGCCACAGUCCGCCACAUUGGGGGAGUUGAAGAAAAACAUGGAUUCGGAUUUCCUUGCUCUGCUGCGGGCCGAGGGCCUCUCAGAGAGCACCAUUAGCGCCCUCCUCCAGCAGGGCUUCGACUCGGCCAGCCUCCUGGCUAUGAUGGAGGAGAAUGAUGUGCGUUCGGUGGCGCCCAACCUCGGGCAGGUCCGCGUAUUGUCCCGCGUGGCUCUCAACUACAAGAUGGAGCUGCAGCGGCAGCACGAGGCUCCAGUCAGCGCACAUCAACAUCUGCGGACCCGAUCCAACAGCUUCAACCACCGCAACGACCUCUACCAGCAGCAACAGCAGCAGCAGCAAAACAUGGACCCCAGCGCCCUGCAGCAGCCGCCCAUCUCCAUGCAGCCUGCCUCGUCCAGGAUGGGGGAGGUCAUUGGCAGGAGGCCCUCCAGUGCCCCAACUCAGCACCUGCUGGAAACCGCCACCUAUGGCCCUGGGAUAGGGGCGCGCUCUCCUGCGGGCUUCCCUGCCAGUCCUGGCAGCUACAAUAAACCUGUCUCCCAGAACCACCCCAUGUCAGCCUAUUCUGCCAACUCCGGGAUCGCCAUGACCACCACGCAGCAUCCCAACUUUCUGAGCUCGGCCCCAAAGACGGCGUACUCCACUACCUACACCAUACCCAUGGAGCUCAUGAAGCGAGACCGCAGCCUGUCGGCCAUGUCGCCCAUGCACAGCCCACACUGCAGCCCCCAGCUCCUCCGCAAGGGGUCCCAGCAGGAGGCCUCUCUGAUGCACAGCGGCUCCACGCUCCAGGCGCAAAACGUUAAUGCUGCCAACCAGAAGCUCACCCGGCGCACAGGGCCGCCAGUCAUCAUCUCCACAAUGGCGUCGCCUGACUCAAGUAUCCGCCCCCAGAUCAUGAACGGCCCCAUGCACCCCCGGCCCCUGGUGGCGCUGUUGGAUGGGAGGGAUUGUACUGUGGAGAUGCCCAUCCUCAAAGACCUGGCAACGGUGGCCUUCUGUGAUGCCCAAUCCACACAGGAGAUCCACGAAAAGGUGCUGAAUGAAGCAGUGGGUGCCAUGAUGUACCACACCAUCACCCUGACCCGAGAGGACCUGGAGAAGUUCAAGGGUCUAAGAGUCAUCAUCCGAAUAGGCAGCGGCUACGACAACAUCGACAUCAAGGCAGCUGGGGAGCUUGGGAUCGCGGUGUGUAACAUCCCUUCUGCGGCGGUGGAGGAGACGGCCGACUCAACGCUCUGUCACAUCCUGAACCUGUACCGGCGGAACACCUGGCUGUACCAGGCGCUGCGCGAGGGCACGCGUGUGCAGAGCGUGGAGCAGAUCCGCGAGGUGGCGUCGGGGGCCGCGCGCAUCCGGGGGGAGACGCUGGGCCUCAUCGGCUUCGGGCGCGCUGGGCAGGCGGUAGCAGUCCGGGCGAAGGUUUUCGGCUUCAACGUGAUUUUCUACGACCCGUACCUGCAGGAUGGGCUGGAGCGGUCGCUGGGGGUGCAGCGCGUCUACACCCUGCAGGACCUGCUGUACCAAAGCGACUGCGUCUCACUGCACUGCAACCUCAACGAGCACAACCACCACCUGAUCAACGACUUCACCAUCAAACAGAUGAGGCAGGGCGCGUUCCUGGUGAACUCUGCGCGGGGCGGUCUUGUUGACGAGAAAGCCCUGGCCCAGGCUCUAAAGGAGGGAAGAAUACGGGGGGCAGCCCUGGACGUCCACGAAUCAGAGCCUUUCAGUUUUGCCCAGGGCCCUCUGAAAGAUGCUCCUAAUUUAAUCUGUACACCACAUACUGCCUGGUACAGUGAGCAGGCAUCGCUGGAGAUGAGGGAAGCAGCCGCCUCAGAGAUUCGACGAGCCAUCACUGGUCGCAUUCCGGACAGCCUUAGAAACUGUGUGAACAAAGAGUUCUUCAUCACCACCUCUCCCUGGUCAGUCAUGGACCAGCAGGUUGUCCAUCCAGACCUCAACGGCGCCACCUACAGGUACCCCCCCAGCAUGGUCGGGGUGGCACCAGGAGGAAUCCCAGGCGCGAUAGAGGGCAUGGUGCCAGGCGGGGUGCCAGUGCCUCACAGCCUGCCCACAGUCACACACCCCUCGCAAGCCCCCUCACCGAACCAGCCCACGAACCACGGAGAAAACCGAGAGCAUCUAACUGAGCAAUAGCACUAGAACCAGAGCACUCAAACCUUCACUCACCUGGGACCAAGAGACACUGAGCACAACCGCCGAGACUCAGCACUGGCAGCGAAGACAUGGACCACCAACUUGGACUCUUCGUUUCUAUUCCUUUAUUUUGUUGCAUAUUAUUAUUGUUAUUAUUAUUUUAUUUUUUUGGAUGUUCCAGUGUUACCUACAAGUACAUGAUGGUGAGAAACAAGCUGUGAUGAUGCUAAGCCCCUUUGAAAUGUCGCUACUCAGAAGUACCUCGCCCUCAACUUUUAUGUUAGUUAAUGUGUGAUUUUGUGUUUCCUCUCGGUUUCUUCUCUUUUUGACUCCAGACGUGAAUAUUGCUUUUGUUCCUCCAGUAGAAAUAAAAACAAAAUAAUAAUGAAAUGCAUAUAUAUAUAACCAGACAUCUGACAAGGAAUAAAAAUCGUCCACUGCACUGGCAAUCGACAGAGUGAACUUUGACCCUUUCCUGGCCAAGCCCUACUAACCUUGGACCGUGACCUUCAUCGUCCAAUAAAAAAAGACAUUGGAAGGAAACCGUUUUCACUUCAACUUCAGCUUUAAUCAUGGAGGAGAGUUCAACAUAAGAGUACAGUCAAAAUGAGUGUGCAAGUCAAAUCUUACAUUCUAUUAAGAGUGUAUAUUUUCCAUUGAGUGUUGAAGAAGCUUUUGUACAAAGUGUUAAAUUGGGCGAAUUCCAUGAAGUAUUGAGCAAAACACUUCAUACUAAUGCAAUUGGUUAGUAGCACAAAUACCAUUUUCAAUGUUGAAGGCUACACAUAGGUCCCUGUAAUAUCUACCGUACACGGUUGAGAUGUCUAAAGUGAAACAUUAGCUCUACACCUUUAGUGUAGCGUGUAUUUGUGUUCUGAAGCCAGUCAUGUUCACAGCUUCAGAAUAAUUCAGAGAAAGGGGAAGAUCCAAACUCACAAUCUUUCAGACAACCCAGGAAAUACAAAAGUCAGAAGUGCACACAGCAAAAUAUGAUUUCAUUUCAGUAUCAAUUAGGAAAUAUGCCAGACUGCUAGGCGACAUGCAAUAUUGAAUUUGUAUGAAUUAACAGGCAGUUUGCAGUAGAAAGUGUGCCAUUAUACAACAGCAUGGGGAUUGACAAACAUGUUUGUGUUUGAAUUUUGGAUUGCCCCUAUUUAGAGGCUAGCUAGGGGGUUUCACACACAGUAUGUAAAGACAGCUCUGUUUUCUAUUUUCAUAUUAAACAGUUACUACCAUGCAAUGGACUGGAAAAGGGUUACAGCAAACUGGAUUUCUUCUCAACUCAGGAAAACACUUUUUUGCUGAUUUUUUUUUUUUUUUCUUCUCCCCCUACAUUUUGCCUGAACCAGAAAAAAAAAAAAAAAAGUUCAGGAUACCUUUUUACUUCAUUGUGGUAUUUUUAUAUUACAAACACAUCACGUUUUAGGUGUUAAAGGUUUUGAAGAGUCCUGUUAGAUUUGUAUUGGCUAGUUAAAUGUUCUUAUAACCAUAGUCUUUAUGUGAACCAUCCUUAUUUUUUAUCUUUUUGUUAUAAUAAUGGCCAAUUUGAGCCCUUGGGCACAUUGUGUACUCAGUGAGUAGGUGAGAUAUUAAAACCUGCUAGUGUCCCAGUAACAGCAAGAAGUGGCCGUCAGCGGUAUGUUUUGUUUUUAGUGUCAGUAUUUGUAUUUGUUUAUUGUACAAAGUGAACAUUUAGCAUCAGUGCAGUUCAAAUAAAAAAAAUACAAUUCUAAAAAAAAAAACAUUUUGUUGCUAGGUUUGUGUCUUCCAGCAGAAAUGUUGACUUUCAGAAUAAAACGUCUCAAUCCGU